CACCGUCAUGGGUGGCGUGUACGAGGCCGUGAGCAAGAUCGAUGACCUAGCCGGUGGUCUCCUGACCCUGAGCGAGCUGCACGCCUUCAUGCUUAGAGUUGACCCCGUCAACUUCAAAAUCCUGUCCCACUGCAUCCUGGUGGUCUUGUCCAUGCUGUUCGCCGAGGAGUUCACCCCUCAGAUUCAUGUUGCCGUGGACAAGUUCUUGGCCCUCCUGGCCCUGGCUCUGUCCGAGAAGUACCGCUAAAGUACCAAUCAGCACCAACACGCCAGCACUCACACAUGCUGUGGUCCUCAGUGUGGAAAUAAAUUGUCUUCUUCAUUGAGAAAUAAAAAGUUACAUCAAAAUGUAA